AUGUCUCGUAGAAAAGUUGCAAAAAAGCGUCCGGUUGCGCCGGAUCCAGUAUAUCAAAGCCGCUUAGUAAGUCUUUUAGUAAGCCACCUUUUAAAGAAAGGUAAAAAAAGUGUUGCAUACCGUAUUUUUUACGAAGCAAUGACUCAUAUUUCAGAAACAACAUCACAAGAUCCACUUGAGGUACUUCGUCAGGCUGUUUUAAACAUUACACCAAAAGUUGAAGUAAAAUCUCGUCGUGUAGGUGGAGCUGUACUUCAAGUACCACUUGAAGUUAAAUCUGAUCGUGGAACAGCUCUUGCUCUUCGUUGGCUUCUUGUUGCUGCACGUGCACGUUCUGGACGUAGUAUGGUAGUAAAGCUCGCUGCAGAAAUUAUGGAUGCAGCAAAUAAUACAGGUGGGGCUAUCCGUAAGCGUGAAGAUACUCACCGUAUGGCAGAAGCAAAUAAGGCUUUUGCACAUUUCCGAUUCUAA